UUUAUUUUAUACGCAUUAAAACUGCUGAGUGUCGCGCGCGCACCGCGUACAGAAGUGUUGUAGAAAGUGUAUCUGAAAUUAACAGUUCGUUGUCCAGUUUUUGUAAACACCAUAGAAGACACCGGAUAGGCACUCUUCGUUGUCGUGCAGUCGUUUGAACAGCAUUUGCGUGGAUUAUGGACGAAACUUUAGAGAGAGGUGCAGCGGAGCGAUCUGCGCGUGGGUCAACAAACACUUCCUACUGUGAAGACGAACACACUGACCACAGCGAGAGAGAUCAUGACGACGACGAGCGUCCACUGCCCCUCAGGGAAUUUUAUCCGUAUAUUCGCUGUGCCCUUUGCAAUGGAUAUUUCAUUGACGCAACCACCAUUACAGAGUGUCUUCAUACCUUUUGUAAGAGCUGCAUAGUAAAGCACUUUUUCUACAGCAACAGGUGUCCGAACUGUGCAAUUGUAGUUCACCAGACACAGCCAUUGUACAACAUAAGACCUGAUAGACAAUUACAAGACAUUGUUUUUAAAAUGGUUCCAUAUUUGGAAGGAGAUGAAAGGUCACGGAUAUGUGAAUUUUAUAAAAAAAGAGGACUUGAGGUUCCAAAGGCAGUGGCAGCGCCAGCCGUAAGCCCCGUCAAGCUGCCCCCAAGACAGAGGAGAGACAUGCUGCCUCAGUCUGUUUUUACAAUCCCUUCAGAGCUGGACAUGUCUCUGAUGCUGGAGUUUUUGGGAGCUGAAGAAGGCAUUGCAAAUUAUAAGCCUCUCGAGAGGAAGUAUGUACGUGUUUCAGGGGAAGCUACAAUCCAUCAUGUCGAGCUCUUUAUCCGGAGGAAGAUGGAGCUGAGCCCAAAUUACAAGGUGGAUGUUGUAUGUGGGGAGCAUCUCCUUGAGCACUGCCAGUCUUUGAGAGAAGUGUGUAACACCCUGGGAAAACAUGCAUUACAGGAUGGGAUGUUGGUUUUGCAUUUUGGGCUUGUGCUGCCAGCUCAGUGAGAGAAGCUACAAAAGAGACCAACUACUGUAAAAGACUGUGAACCAGGGUGUAUAGCGAUUUCGUAAUGAGGGCUAAACUGAACUUUAAAGGGAUAGUUCACCCCAAAAAAGUUGUUCAUGAAUUACUCUCUGGUUGUUACAAAUCUCAAAACAUUUAUUUGUACUGAUGAAUACAGAGAAAGAUAUUGGGACUAAUGCUUGAAACCAAACAGUUCUUGGUCUCUAUUGACUACCAUAGUGGGAGAAAUUACAAUGGUAGUCAAAAGUGCCCCAGAACUGUUUUCUGUCCUUCACUUUUUUAUAUCAUUUGUGUUCAACAGAACAAAAAGAUAAAGUAUUUUUUUCCUACAAUGGGGUCCAAGAACUGUUUGGUUACAAGCAUUAUUCCCAAUAUCUUUCUCUGUAUUCAUCAGUGCAAAGAAAUUUAGACAGAUUUGGAACUUGGAAAAGGUUGGUAGAUGAAGACAGUAUUUUUAUUUUAAGGUGACCUAUCCCUUUAAAAAGAUUAUCCUAUGCAAAAAUGAUUUGUACUUCCAGCUCUGAGUACUUUAUGCUUUAAAAGCAAAUAAAAAAAAUUCCAGUAUUGUUUCAGAAAAUGCACUGAUAAACUUCAGUACUGCAAUGAAAUAUUUACACUAAACACUGUCUGAUAGAACAAUAAACUAUGGUUUAAAAAUGCAUUCCUUUCCUGAAAUUUAUGUUUUAUGCUUCUGCUGAUGUUGCAGAAAAACUAAAGCAAUUUUCUCCUAGUCUCAUAAGAAAUUGUCAUUGUUUGGGGUGCAUUUAUACUAUCCGCACUGUCAAAGUAGUGGAAAUGAGUUAUUAGUUUACUCCAAUUAUCUAAAAACAUUAGAGGAUUUGUUUGGUUGUCUUUUUUACCCUUCAACUGUGAUUUGUAGUUUACUUUACUCUGGCUUUUCCAAGUCUCUUGUGAAUUUGUAUGAUUGUUACAGAAUUGUUUGAUUAUUAAAAAAGACCUUAAAAAGG